AUCGUCGAGACGACCGUGACAAGGAGCGAGAAAGAGAUAGGGAUCGCAAGGAACGACAAGGAAGAAGAGACCGAAGCCGAGACAAAAGGAGUUCGCGCCGUUCUCGAAGCCGAGAUCGUGAUGGAAGGGAUCGACACGAUCGCAAAAGUGAGCGUCGAGAUAGAAGUCGGUCUCGUGACCACAGAGUCUGUUUUCGUUGUCACUAUUAGCGUAUGCAUUGGUCUAUUUAGCUAG